CGUCAGCCCCUCCCAUUGCUGUGACGUCUCGCCCCCUGCCUGUGUGAGCGGAGAGACACACAGAGACACAGUGAGGCUGAGGAUUCGGCUGAGGAUUCGGCUGGGGCUCUGUCUCCAGGCAGUGGGGCGGCGGAGAAGCUGAACAUGGUGACUGCUUCUAUCCCUCGCCGGCUGGCCAGGCGCUCCCGUACGGCUAUAGUGGCGGCGCUCACCGUGCUGCUCAUCCAGACUCUCAUCGUGUGGAAUUUUAGCAACCUGGAUAGCGGGGACGAGCAGCGGGCAGGGGGAGGAGGCAGCAGCAGCCGGGAGAAGAGGGACCGGGGCAGCGACAAAGAUGAUCUAGGGCUGGGACACGAACAGCAAGAGCAGCAGCACCGCAGAGAACCUGCGCCAGGGGCACAGCAGCACAGCCAGGCUAUGAAUGGCUACUUUUCCCACCGCCCCAAAGAGAAACAGCGGACAGACAGCAACAACGAAAACUCUGUCCCUAAAGACUUUGAGAACAUCGACAACAGUAAUUUUGCCCCAAGGACUCAACGGCACAAGUACCAAACGGAGCUAAUGAAGAAGCCUGUUAGCAAGCAGAAAGAACAUAUAAAGAGAAAGCUAGCCUUAGAGGCGAAGGUGAAAGAAAACUCUCUGCUGGGCAAAACUUCCAAUGAGGUGUUACAUUAUGUUGGCAACACUUCCAAGAACACCAGCAACAGCAAUCUGAAGGAUUCCUACAAAAGCUCCAAGUCACACCACACCAAGAAAAGUGGCAGCAGCUCCCCUGAAAUAAAGUACGAGCUUCCUCCUAAAUGUGAGAUAACUGGCAAGGAGGCAAUAUCAGCACUUUCUCGGGCCAAGUCCAAACAGUGUCGACAAGAAAUUGCAGAGGUCUAUUGCCAACAUAAGCAAGGGAAGCUCAUGCCAGAGAAAGUAACAAGGCUGUGUCCUCUGGAAGGAAAAUCAAGCAACAAUGUGCAGUGGGAUGAUGAUUCGGUGGAGUACCCGACAGUGAAUCCAGUCAGAAUUGCCUUUGUUUUGGUUGUCCAUGGCCGAGCCUCCAGGCAGCUCCAGAGAAUGUUCAAGGCAAUUUACCACAAGGACCAUUAUUAUUUUAUCCAUUGUGACAAGCGAUCCCAUUAUCUACACAGACAAGUUUUACAGUUUGCCAGCCAGUACCCCAAUGUCCGUGUUACUUCAUGGAGAAUGUCAACCAUUUGGGGGGGAGCAAGUCUUUUGUCUACCUACCUGCAAAGUAUGAGGGAUCUGCUGGAAAUGUCUGAUUGGUCUUGGGAUUUCUUCAUCAAUCUCAGUGCUGCUGAUUAUCCAGUCAGGACAAAUGACCAGCUGGUUGCGUUCCUCUCUAGAUAUCGAAAUAUGAAUUUUUUGAAGUCCCAUGGGAGAGACAAUGCAAGAUUUAUCAGAAAACAGGGUUUGGAUCGCCUGUUUCUUGAAUGUGACACGCAUAUGUGGCGACUUGGGGAUAGAAAGAUCCCAGAAGGCAUUAAUGUGGAUGGUGGCUCUGAUUGGUUCCUGCUAAACAGGAAGUUUGUGGAGUAUGUGACCUUUUCCAAUGAUGAUCUGGUUACGAAGAUGAAGCAGUUUUAUUCCUACACCCUUCUUCCAGCUGAGUCCUUCUUUCAUACAGUCCUGGAAAACAGUCCAUAUUGUGACACCAUGGUUGACAAUAAUCUUCGGAUUACAAACUGGAAUCGUAAAUUAGGCUGCAAAUGCCAGUAUAAACACAUCGUUGACUGGUGUGGAUGCUCUCCCAAUGACUUCAAGCCAUCAGAUUUCCAUAGAUUUCAGACAUCAAGACCAACCUUUUUUGCUCGGAAAUUUGAAGCUGUGGUGAACCAAGAAAUAAUUGGCCAGCUGGAUUAUUAUUUGUACGGCAACUACCCGUCGGGAACACCAGGGCUUCGGUCAUACUGGGAAAAUCUGUACGAUGAGCCUGAUGGCAUUCACAGUAUCUCUGAUGUGAUGCUGACCAUGUUCCAUGCAUUUUCCCACAUGGGACUGAAAAGAGCUGAGUCUUCGCUCCAUACUGAUGGGGAAAACACCUGCCGGUACUAUCCCAUGGGGCAUCCAGUGUCAGUCCAUCUUUAUUUCCUCGCUGAUCGCUUUCAGGGCUUUCUCAUUAAACAUCAUGCCACUAAUCUCGCCGUCAGUAAGCUGGAGACAUUGGAGACUUGGGUAAUGCCAAAGAAAGUUUUCAAGAUUGCAAAUCCCACAAGUGAUUUUGGAAGGCUGCAGUUUUCUGAGGUUGGAACAGAAUGGGAUGCCAAAGAAAGAAUAUUCAGGAACUUUGGAGGUCUAAUGGGGCCUAUGGAUGAACCGAUUGCUAUGCAGAAGUGGGGGAAAGGACCUAAUAUAACAAUUACUGUUGUGUGGAUCGACCCUAUCAAUGUCAUUGCAGCCACAUACGAUAUUCUUAUUGAGUCCACUGCAGAAUACACCCAUUACAAACCACCUCUGAACUUGCCACUCAGGCCAGGGGUUUGGACUAUUCGUAUUUUACACCACUGGGUUCCAGUAGCUGAAACGAAAUUCUUGAUUACACCACUCACGUUUUCGAAUCGCCAACCAAUUAAACAAGAGGAGCUAGCCAAGUUCCAUGGGGGACCUCCAAAAAAUGCAUACAUGGAGCAGAGUUUCCAAGGCCUAAAUCCUGUUUUAAAUAUACCGGUCAAUACAGCGCAAGUGGAAGAAGCAAGGAAAAAUGCAGCUCUUGUAGGAGCAAAGCUGGAAAAUUUAGUUGACAGCCUGACAAGCAGCAUGUGGUCAGCGGUGGAUAUCUGCACAACUGGGCCCUCCUCUUGUCCAGUAAUGCAGUCAUGUGCCCAGACUGCCUGGAGUUCACUCAGCCCUGACCCCAAAUCAGAACUUGGACUUGUGAAACAUGAUGGGCGGUUGAGGUAGCAUCUGUUACACCCUUCCAUGGCAUGGGAACUAAAAGGGAAAAUUAACCAUUUCUUACAUCAGUUCAGCAAAAAAAAAAAAAAA